AUGACCACCAUACAGCUCCCAUUGACACCGGCCGAGAAGCUGUUUCGGCAAUGCCUGCUAGACUGCCGCGAGGAGAUGCAAUCGGUCCCUGGAAUGAAGGGUCUCGUCCUGCGGUGGACGGGAGGCUGGGUCCGGGAUAAGUUGCUCGGCGUGCAAAGCCACGACAUCGACGUGGCACUGAGUACCAUGACCGGAUGGGAGUUUGGCCAAGCUCUACAAACCUUCAUCAAGGAGCAUGGCGCAAAGUACGAAGAGCAAGCCACGAAACAAGGCUUCAACUCGCAGGUGAAGGAUAUCCACAAGAUCGCCGCGAACCCAGACAAGUCGAAGCACCUGGAGACCAUCACGACGAGAAUGUUCGGGAUCGACGUCGACUUUGUCAAUCUCAGAAAAGAAGUCUACGACCAUCAAAGUCGCCAUCCUCAAAUGGAAUUCGGCACCGCGGAAGAAGAUGCCCUCCGUCGAGACGCCACCGUCAAUGCCCUCUUCUACAACCUGGACACGCAAGCGGUCGAGGACUUUACCCACCGAGGGCUCGAGGACAUGAAGAACAAGAUCAUGCGCACGCCCCUUGCACCGUACCAGACCUUCAAGGACGAUCCGCUACGGGUUCUACGUCUCAUCCGAUUCGCCUGCCGUCUUCAGUACGAGAUCGAGGCGACUGCGAAGGAGGCGAUGAAGGACAAAACCAUCCACGAAGCCCUCCGCCUGAAGAUAAGCAGAGAGCGUGUGGGAGUGGAGAUCGGCAAGAUCAUGGCUGGACCGGAUCCAUAUACCGGGUUGAGAUACGUUAACGAGUUUGAUCUCUACUUCACUGUGUUCGCCGACCCGGCAACAUCGCCGACCGACGACUCGGUCGAUGCUAGUCACGCGGUCACCGCCUACGACGGACUGCGACGGAUCCUGGACGAGAAGUCCUCGAUUUGCCUGAGCCUGAGACCCAAGGAAGACCAAGCUCUGAGCUGGUUCCUCGCAGCGUAUACGCCAUGGUACAAAUCAUCCGCAAAAGCAUAUCAGGCGUCCAGGGAAGGCAUCAAGGCCACCAAUAGCAUGAGCAAGGUCCUGAAGGAUGCCAUCGACCUGCGACCCUCCAUCCUCGAAGCAGUGCAAAUAGUAAACGACGAGAAGGCGGCUCGAGGCGACGUGGGCAUGGUUCUGAGACAGUGCAAAGAGGCGUGGAGGUCGCACUUGCUUUUCUCAUUGCUCUGCGAUAUCGUGGAGCACGAUUUCUCGACCGCAGCGGACCGAUACCAAAAGUUUGUGGCGUACGUUCACGACCAGGACCUCGAAGAUGCGUAUGCUAUCGCUCCAAUUUUGAAGGGCAAUGCGAUCAAACAUGCAUUGGGCGAUCCCAAGGGUGGCCCCUGGCUCAAGAAGGCCGUCGAUGAACUCGCACUCUGGCAGUUCAACAAUCCACAAGGAACGAAGGAAGAAGCAAUCGAAAUGAUCGCUGGCAAAAGAUCAGAAUUUGGGCUCGGUUGA